GUCACCAUAGAUUUGCUUAUCAUGUCAACGAGCACAAAUUUGUCAGUAUGACUUUUCCUUUUCGUUUACUAAAUUGGUUGUUUCUGUUCAUUACCGCGGUUUUGGAAAUUGUUGCGCUCGUCUUUCUGAUUAUGCUGCUCUACUCGCACUGUGUGCUAGGCGGCGAGUAUGGCAUUUCGGUGUGGUUCUAUAUCUAUUUCCUGCCUGGCAUUACGGCACACAGCAUGGUGUUGGCCCUCUUCCGCAUCUGCUGGUGCACUGUUGGCCUGGAUCCAAUUGCUGUUGCAUCGAAUCUUUUUAAUGGACUUUUAUUGAUUAUCGCCACGGUUAUAUUGCUAUUUGCGAUGCGAGAUCAUUGUGGCAACGAGUUUACCCAUAUGUUUUAUAUAUCGGCCAUUUGUGGACUGAUUGCUGGCGUUUUCCAUAUGAUUAAUGCCAUCAUGUGCCUGGUUUUUAUGCCCUCGGAGGAAGCACACUAUAUGAAACCUUCGAAGCGACGCAUGAAGAGUCUCUAUUAAAGAUCAAAGUUUAUAAAUGCUUCAAUUGCAUAAAUGAUAACAUAAUCCUUGUAAUAUUUUUGUAUCGAAAUCAUUUUUGGACAGCGUUCUUUCAACUCGUUUCGAAAUUGAAUUUACAAUUCAGUUCACAUUUAAUUGAGACUCAAUAAAGUUGAUUAAAUUACACA